GGAGAAUGUGUUUAGAUUUACUUACUUCUGAAAAUUCACUUACUCAGAAACAAUAACAGUUUUUCUAUAUCUACCUAAGUGCAUUUCGAUAUCUUGAGUGUUUACUGGAAAGUCAGAACAAAGGAGAAAAUUCGUAAUCACCGGCUCGCAACAAAGAUAUUGGUUGUCGGAUAGCCGCGCUGUUUGGUUCAAGUCGCUACAAGACGCAGUCGACAGAAUUUUGAAAAAAGAAAGAGAUGCUAACUUCUUCAGUGAUGAAUUGUUCCACGAAGCAGCAGGAGGAGGAUGAAAUAUCUGCAAUGCGAUGGGCUAAAUUAUUGCCUGUACAUGAUUCGUGUAUGCAUGAGCUAUUUCAAGAAGUGAUUACUAUUGGAUCAUCUGAAGAAUGUUCCAUUCACGUCAAAGAUGACAAUGUCUCAGCUUCACAUUGUAUGCUUAUCAAAGAUCCAGACAAUGUGAUCUGGUUGUAUGAUUGUAGUGAAGACAAAGGGACACGAUGUAAUAAUGGUAAAUGGCUGAAUCAAGAUUGUAUCACAGUACAUAACGGGGAUUACUUUCAUCUUGUCUGGGAUGAAGUGGAUGAGAGUAAAAGAAUUGGAUUUUGUAUUCUAUUAUCGGAUGAUAAUUAUCCGAAGGUGGAUCCUGUUGACGGUGAAUGUUGUGAUGAUAAAGUCAAGAUAAUGAUGAUAACUCCUGUGGAAUCGCAAACACAACCAUCAUCAUCUACAGAGUCUAUAAAGGUGCCAUCAGCAUCAACAUCAAUGUCUGCAGACAGUGAAAUGGAGACUUGUUUAACUUGUGUGAUCUGCGGAGAUAUCUACUUUGAAUGUUGUAGUGUUCAACCAUGUCUGCAUAGUUUUUGUACACUAUGCUGGUUAAAAUGGCAGAAAUCGGAAUGUCCAAUGUGUCGUAAACAUGUGUCAGCUUAUGCUAAAAAUCAUCAAUUGAAUGACUUGGUCGAAGUGUUUCUUCGUAAAUAUCCAGAGAAAUCAAAGUCUGUCGAAGAACAAAAUGAAAUUAAACAAGAAAUAACAAGAUUGGCAACUCCUACAAAUAAUUAUCAAAAUCGUCGAUACAAUAGGCGAAAUAGAAGACAAAGAGAAAGAUAUGCAGUCACUGGAGGUAUUGGUCGUAAUGGUUUAUUACACACUGGUGGUGGCGGUGGUGCUGGGGCUGGGUCUGGUGCUACUACUUCCUCUAAUAUUUCACUUAUUAACGUUGAUGAAAUUAUCCUGGCCAAUACUGCAUCAUCAUCAAUUGUCAAUGAACUUACUGCUAAUCCUACUAUUACUGUCAAUUAUCCAAUGAAUAAUACUGCUAUACCAAUUAUGUCAUCGUCGGUGUAUACCCCGUUUAACACUGGUUGUAUUUUUUGUUCAUGGGUGCCGCCAAAUGGUCGUCGUGAUCAGAGUGCCGGUAGUAGUAGUAGGGUUGCUGGUGUUGGGAAUCCUGUUUCACGAGAUAAUGAAUGUGCAUCACAUUGUUUCUGUGCAUGUUGUCGUCGACCUAUGCCAAGUCAAACAUCCCUGCAUCCACGUGGAAUGAAUACAAUUGAAUGUGAAAUAUGCCGGCAUACAUUUUGUUCCUUGAUCAAUCCCAAUGGUUGUACUGGAUGUAAUGGUUAUUGUUUAUCACGACUACAAGAUUUAACAAGAUACACCACAAUUCCUCGAACUUUAUUAUUGAAUAAUCGGAUAGAAACAGAAAUUUUAAAUAAUUAUUUAACCUCCCAAGGAAUAUCAAUACCACGAUUCAUUGAACAAUGUUUAUCAACAUUUAUCAGUUCAACAAUUAUCUAUCCAUCAUCAGUGUUAAAUGAAAAUUCUCUGGUUUGUACAAGUUGUGGAGAACAUGUGCUGAGUGAAUUAGCCUAUAAAUAUCGUUUAUCUAUAUGCUCAGACCAGUUGCCAGAUGAAGUUGUCCUAAAACCAAAUUGUUACUAUGGUCGAUAUUGUCGUUAUCAAAGUAAUAAUUAUCAUCAUGCUAGACGGUUUAAUCAUAUUUGUGAAAGAUCAUUUUAAAAAAAGAUAGAAAUGUGUACGUAUUGUUAUUAUUAUUAUUUUGUAGUACUCCUUCCCCCUCUCUCUUUCUGCUAUGUGUAUGUAUGUUCUCUCUGUAACUGCCUUCUGCAUUGAUUGAUCAGGUUUCUUUUCUUUUGUGUUCUCAACUACACUGCCAGUUUUCAAACAAGCCAUAAAUACUGUUUUAAUGAAUUCAUCUUAUAAUUUCGGUAGAAGUGCUCCUCUUCAGCUGCUGAAUAUGUAUUCUACAUUAAUAUUUAUAGAAAUCCAUUUGGAAGGGGUUGGUCACCACGUACCUUACUUAUUAAUUGUCAUUAAACACUUUCUUUUGUUAGUAUUAUUAUUAUUAUAAUUAUUCAGUGUGAUAUUUGUGAUUUUUUCAAGUUCUCCCUCCCCCUCUCUCUGUUUCUCUGUGAUAAUUAAUGAACAUUGAAUUCAGUGUGGUGGGGAUUUAACCGCCAGCAUUGUUGAGCAUUACUCUGUUCAAAGAAAACAACACCU